AUGGAGGGAUGGAAAGAGAGAGAUGGGAGAGUGGGAGGAGUAGAGAGAGGAAGGAGAAGAGAGAGGGAGAAAGAGAUGAAGAGGGGGAGCAAGAGGGGGAAGAAACCAAGGGGGUUACAUGGAGAUGAGAGAGGGGGAAAGAUAAGUGGAAGGAGAAAGGUGGAAAGACAGAGAGACAUAGAGAAAGAGAGAGAAAGAAAGAGCGAAAGAAAAGCCUCGGUGAAAGAGAUAGCCCAAAGUAGCUCAGGGGAGCAUUUUCUGAAAGGACUUGCCGGACGUUUCAUCCGACAAGUCUCAUUUGAUCAGACAAGCCUUGGUGUUGUGCUAUAUGUCUUGGUCUGUGGUGCCCUACCCUUCGAUGCCAACACUCUACCACAACUCAAGGAAAGGGUCUUGGCUGGCAAGUUCAGGAUACCAUUCUUCAUGUCACAAGAAUGCGAGCACCUGAUACGGCACAUGCUGGUCCUCAAUCCGGCCAAGAGGCUGUCCAUCGACCAGAUCAAGUCCCACAAGUGGUUUGCGGACUGCGGGGUGCCUGCUACCCAACCAGUCAGCCCCGUGACAGAGAUCCCCAAGCCCAUAGGAGAGUUCAACGAGCAGGCUCUGAGGCUGAUGCAGAGCCUUGGAAUCGAUCAGCAAAAGACCGUAGAUUCAUUACGGAGAGAUGCCUAUGAUCACUACACAGCCAUAUACUACCUCCUAGUUGAGAGGUUAAGAUUACAUCGAUGUAGUUUUCCGGUCGAAGGUAGAGUGGACAGCCGCAGCCGCAGACCAAGUUCAAUCGCGGAUCAUGCAAUAAUGAGAACUCACGGUGGCAACCUCACGAACAUUACUCCUCACCAACGAAACAGUAAUGCACGGAAUGCCAUUCAGGUCCAACAACAACCUUGCGUCAACACCUCGCAGCAGAUGCUCGGAUUCCGACCGAUUCAGCCAAUACAGCAGCCUACGCAACAGAUGGUGUCGGAGUCGGCGCAGUGUGCUUUGCAACGGAAGAGGAAAGAACCUCCUCUUCAACCGACCACAUGUAUAUUUAGCGAAGGGGAGAUGGUUCCGGUUCCUCCAGCUGUAAGUGGGGCGUUACUUGAGCCUCUUCCAAGGAUGAAUGUCAGAAAGGUGCGCUCAAUGUCCCCAAAUCAUAUGGUGGUGACUUCCAUUGAUGAGGGUGUAGAAGCAGACUUGCCAGAAAGCGAGAAUGAAAUGGAGAAGGUCGAGUCAAUCGAACAUUUCAAAUCGCAGAGAACGCCCUCGCUCGCAGAGUCGUAUGAUAUACCAACAAGCAUGGCGCCGAGUUUGAGUGAUUUUGGCAUUGAACCUCAGGAACUGUCCGCUUCGUUUGAUUCGCAAGAGGAGAUGGAAGUUGCGCAGAGCUUCGCCCAUGUUCAAGCGCUCUCAGAUAGACUGUUCCCGUCAAAUUGCAAUUCACCUGAUCUGACGCAGCAGCAGGCAGAACCAAUUAUCCCACCUGCACCACCACAGGCAAUGUUCCAUCAUUCGGCAUCGCUCGACCGCUCUGGAAGCCACUCGCCUGUCAGCUUCCGAGAAGGUCGACGAGCCUCUGAUGGGCUCAUUGCGCAAACAGGACUCUCAUAUAGACAGGUCAGUACAACUCCAUUAGCACAAGGACACACAGAUGCUAGUUUAGACAGGCAACUGAAAACAAAUGUGAAUAUGAAUUCGUGUAGUCUUGCAGCUGAUCAUUCUAAUCAAUUACAAAUAGUUGGAUUCAGUGGACAGCAGCUAACAGAAGUCAGCAAGGACAAUUCUGACUUGAUAAAUCUUCCGUCCUGCCAGGUGGAACAAGAAUCCGUAUCGUGGCGCCGCUUUCCGGCUCAGGUCCAGUCUAUGGAACGGCGGCAAAACCGCAUGCACGCCAUGAAGCAAGGGGGUCAUACCGAACCCCCUGGACACCUCACACACAGUGCAUCCCUUGCUGGCAAAUCAAGUCUUGAGGAUAUGCCCAGGGAGUUCCCGAACCAGGUUGCACCGAAUCAACGCACCUUACAACGCACGCUCAUGCAGCAAAGGCUGAUGCAGAAGCGCCAACAACUCCAGAAGCAGUCGCAACUCAGCCAACAGUUUGGCAGGAUGCAGCUGGAGCGGCAGCCCAGCUUUGAAGGGCGCCCUCCCGCUCCCAAUAGAACCGACUCCUACAAGCAAGCGCAACAGCACCCCGUUCUUCCACAGUACGCAAUCAACGACGAUUCCUCGUUGAACAACUCGCUUAUUCAAUGUCACAAUGAGUUCAACCAGGCAACAUCGCUGGGCAGCAAUGCCCCUCUUCAUUAUGAUACAACGUUAAAUCAGGUGCCGCAAAACUUUGAAGCGCCCUCAUACGAUGAUAGCAUGGACACCUCGGACGUCACUGUGCCAGUGUCGCAAGCAGGCAACAAUUUUUCAUUCACUCCCUGCUAGCAGUGACUAUGCCACUAUUUUGUGGAUCCAUAGCUCAUUUUUUAGAUAUCAUUUUAGAAGUGCUGGCUGGUACAGCGAUUUUGUUUGGAAUUUUGUGAAUCGAUGAUGAUCUUUAUUUUUUUGGGUGUAGACCCUCAAUAAUUUGAGGUAUGUGGAUAUUACGUGUAUAUGCCCAUGUAUCCACAGAGUGUACUUAUUGAAGAAAAGAUUGUGUCGUAGAAAGUGGAAACAAUUGCCAGAAUCGGUGCAAUUUCCAGUAGCCAGGGAUGGCUUGAGAAGAGAUCAGAUGAAGAAAACAUAUUUUUUGGUAAAUAAUAUUUUGAAAUGUCAUUAUAUCAUAGCAAUGUUGAUAGGAGAAAUGUUUUAUUUUAACCAAGCAACCAUACCAAAGUCAGUGUUCAUUUAUCUCGUUGAUGAAAAAGAGACAAUGUAUUCCUCAAGAAAUUUACUCUUGCCAGGGAAAAAAAUCAAGCAGGAUUUUGUCAUGUAGGAAUUGAUUUAUUUUCUAUGUGAGGUAGAGAAUAUUCAAAUAUGUGUUAGCCAUGCUAAAUCCCUGCCCUAUUUGUUUCAGUCCUUUGCAAGAGAUGUUCUGCUAGUAGUAUUUCAUGUUUGACAAGGAAUGGGAUGGACUGAAUUUGCAUCUGUAAUUAAACAGCCUGUGAAAGUGUCACUGUUAUUAGAAUUCGAUGGGGGUUUGCGAGAAUCCGUUGUAAAAUUCUCAAUUGCAAGUCUUGAUUGAUUUUAGUUGUUGAAAAUGAAUGUACACUGUCUGUUGCAAAAACAGGCAAAGGGGGCGUUUCACAUGGAGUUAAGUCUGAAUUAUAGUCAUGCUUGAGUUCUAACACGAGAGUUAACACAUAAUCUCAUAUCCCAUGAGCAUGGUCUUUGUAUUGCAAUGGUGCAUUAUUUUAUGAAUCCAUGAUUGCCGUGGUCUCAUGGUUACGAGUCUCGUCUCUCAAUCAGCAGGACGUGGGUUCGAAUUCCAGCCAUGGCGUGUUUUCCUUUAGCAAGAAUUUACCCACAUUAUGCUGCAUUCAACCCAGGUGAGGUGAAUGGGUACCCAGCAGGAUUAAUUCCUUGAAAUGCACCGAGUGCUCGAAGGCUGCUUGAGCUAAAGCUAUGGUAAUGAUAAUAAUAAUAUUAACAAUGCGCCUUAGAAUAGAUUAUCUCUAUAUAGAUGGCGCAAUAUAAAUGCCUCAUUAUUUAGACCACAUGCAAUUUCGAAUUUAAGAGUGAUGAUUAAUCAGACUUAAAAUGGCUUUGUGAAACACCCCCUUCAAUCGAUGGCAGGAUAUAUGAUGGAUCCAGACUUGACUAAAAAUUGAUUGCAAUUUUCUCGCAAAUCCCCUCAAAGUUUGAGAAUGGCAAACGUUACUACUAGAGUAGCUCUAAACAGUCAGCAGUCAACCGAUGUGCAAAAGCUAGCUCUUUGUUUGUUUUGUGAAAAAGGUGACCCAAAUCAUGCUGGCCAGCUCAUCUCAAAAUAGACAUUGCAGAAAUAAUUAAUGAAUAGUCUGACUUAGAGGCAAUUUCUAUUGGACUGUUGAUCUUGUUGAAAGUAGCGACCUAUGGAAUUAAGAUUCAUUUUUGGUCCUCAUAAAUAAGUAAGACUAGUUUACUUAGCAAUUUAUGUAUGCUGCCCAACUAAUUUACACACUGCCUGCUCAAUAUGCAUUAGAGCUGAAUAUUUGUCAGCACGAAACACAUUUAAAAAAUACAAUUUUGUGAAGAAAACAGUCACAUUGAUUCCUAUAUGAAUACCGUAUUUUAGUAUCCUGCUUAAGCAAAAACAAAUGAGAAAAGCCAUGUAUUAUUCAGUCUUAAAGUUUCUGGGGGAUCCCUUGUGAGGGCUUGAUUUGCCUAUAAAAGGCUACCAUAUAUAGGAAUAUGUAUUGCAAAGCUACGUAUGCUGGAGCUGAAAUAGUUUAUUCUAUGCAUACAAUUACAAUAUGCGAACUGCACUCUAUUUUUCACUGCUCUAUAUUAUGUUCACACAUCUGUUUACUAGACAAUAGGCAUUACUAUAUCCUUUCAAUGGUGUUCAUAGUAAGUUAUAUUACCUGAAAGUUUAGUAAAGUUCCUCUUGUUAAAGAUAAGAUCACAGCUAAGCAUCGAUCGUCAAAGCUUGACUUCCAUUGUCUUUAAAUUUUGAGAGGGGGUAGAUUUUUUAUCAUACUGUGCCGUCCAUUGAAAGUCCCAUAUUCUGUAUCAGUGGAUAAGUGAUGCUUCACCAUUUCAGAGGACUCAGGAGUAAUUAGUUUACAAAUAAUACACAUCUUGAAGGAAAGUAGUAAGGAUUAUGGGCACAAGGCACCUUCAGAACAGUUCCAACACGCCCGAGGCAUGGCCGAGGGCAUUUAGAUUGUUUUAAUGGUCCCAAGUGUGAGUAAUUACGGUAAUGCCCAAGCAGGAUGAUGAGUAUGAGAUGUUUUAUUAGAUGGGGAUCUGGAUCUUCUAACAACAAUCAUUAAAUUUCAAUAGCUCUUGUUAAAAUAGAUAUAUCAGGCCCCCAUCUGACAAAGAGACGGGAUCAGUCACAGCCAUUUGCGAGACAGGGCCUAAUAGCAACCAGCUCAUCCACCGCUAGCCAAUCAGCAUCACGUAUUCUGAUGUAGCACAAUAAGAAAGUCUUUGAUUGGGUAUAGUUUUAAUGUUCGAUUUUGGGAUGAUAAUGCACUCAAAUACAACAACGUUUAACAGGCACAGAACAUUGACCUGCCAGUAAGAAACUCAUGCAGUUGCUGUCUGUUUAAACCACUUCAUUUCCCAUUAUGAUACGUUGAUACCAUGAUGAAAUGGAUUCGUGUAAAAGUUGCAUUUUCAAAAUAACUUUGUUACACUGCAUCUUAGAAGAAUAUCGUACAUCUGUUUUCAGGCCCAUUUGGGGGCCACGGAACAAAUUAGAAAGUUGGUGGAGUGGUUGACCAUGAACAUAAAAUAAAAAUUUGAUGGUUAUUUUCAUCUUCAUGUACAUGGAUCCCAUCGCGUUACCUACCCCCCCCUUUUUGUUGUGCUACCACUGCUGCUCUAUCAUACACUGCACCUCUAUGGGUGUGUAGUAUAGAUAAUAGUUUAUCCAUCUCAGCCCCUUAGUUGUUUAGACACGCGCUUAGAGACGGCCAUUCGGGAUUAUAUACCAAACUUUGUGACAAAGACAGAAGACGUCGUUACUGAUAGCAUACCGAGAGGCAACAGAUUCUUUACAUUGAUGUUUGUCAUAACGGCUAUUUUGGUGCUUUGAUUUUGCUGGAGUAGACAUAUAGCUUGCUCGAAACAGUUGCCAUUUUAUUUGUAACCAAGAAAAAAAACGAUGAUUUAUUUAUUGAUAUAUUUUUAAAGCGAGAGAAAGAGAGAGAGAGAGAGAGGGGGGGGGGGGACUUUGAGUUCCCAUGUUCAUAAUGUGUUAUAUUUUUGUGUGUUGUUUGUACGAGUAUGUGGUACAGCUUAUCGAUCGUUUAGAAAAAAGUCGGCGCGAAAGGAAAGUCUUGUUUUUUAUAUCUGUGCUGCAGUUUUAUUGUAAUGUUGUAGGUAAAAUAGGCCUAUUCUGGGGAGUGUUUCAUGGUACAUACCGUCAGUGAUUUUCACUAAUUUAAUUACUCUCAGCCAAUCAGAAUGCUUGGUUUGCAGUAGCAUAUAACACAAUAGUCAGUGAAAACCACCCAUUUGUUUCGUGCAACCUCCCCCGAUUUCAAGAAAUUCCACGUUUCCACCUUUAGAUCAGUACUCGUCCAAAAAAAAAAACUCUUUGUGAAACCGGUAACGUGGAAAGCUUGGAUAGUCAUUUUUAUGUUUCGUUAUACGUCUUGCUAAUAAGCUACAUGUAUUUAUGAAAAGAUGAUAUAGGUUCUGUGAAUUACCACAAUGUUCUAUUCAUUGCUGCAGAUAUGUUGCCUAUACGCUGUGUUCUGCAUAUUCUUUAGCAAUGAUUUGCGAGCCUGAUAUACACGAUAAGUUAGUCAACUGCAAAAAAUAAGAAAAUAAUAUUUAUGUUUUGUCUCGACAAUUUCGAUGGUAGAUAUGUUGUACAAGCACUUAUCGAUGCAAGCCACACUACCAUGUAAAUAGGAUUGUACAUUUGACGAAAUGACAGGUAUCUAUGUUAUAAGACCUCUUUUUCGAGAGCCAAAGAGUUUAUGUAUUCAGAGGUCAAACGUUGGAUAUGCCACAUCAUAAUUUUGCAUAGGAUCGCUGUUAUUUUUGUUUUUAUUUGAGAUUGAAUUCGACAAAAUUUAUUUGAAAACUUUGAAGCUACUGCAGUUAUAAGAAGACAGUUUUUGUGUCCCUUGAGUUGUAUUUCUCAUUGAAUUUAAUUACUUGCUCUAAAAUAUCCAAUGGGACCAUGGAAAUCCGGUCAACACAUGAAUUACACGUUUUGCAUAAUCUUGUCUCAAAAAUUGCCUCCACGAAUAUUUGACUUAGGAAAGGUCAACUUAAGCAGGUUAACUUGUACCUCUUUUAAGUUGAACUUCUCCUAAAUCAGUCAGAUUUAUAUCAUCCAAAUGCGAGUAGACUCGACUAAUAAGGCUGUCACAAGAACCUUAUGUCAUUUUUCUGAUGAAAGGAAAAGCAUGAGUUGAUUAUGAUUAUAAUUGAUUUACAGAACCGAAAGACACUGGCAAUCAACAACAAAAAAACGGUUUCUUAUAUAAGUUCAACCUUCUAGAUAUCGCAGUGACGUAAAAGAAAGCUAUUUUUGUAAUGAAUUGAAAAUAAGAUGAUGGAAGGGUAAUUGUAUGUCUUCAUGGCAUAAUUUUUUUUUAUGAACAAAUUGUUGAAUAACUGUGAAAAAGAGAGAAAUGUGAUUACGUGGAAACAAAUUAUUGAAAUUUUUUAAAAUAUUAAGUCUGCUCCGUGAGAGAAUUUGACAAAAAUUCAAUCUAUAUUUUUCGAAGGGUUAUAAAAGAAUCAUAUUUAAUUAUUGUAGUAUACAGUAUUUGGCUUCUCUAAGAUACCAUAAUUAAUAUUCAGAGAUCAGUGUAUCACUGCCACUUUAUUGGCCAGAAUUUUGAUUGAAAUUACUUUUAUUUUCAUGUAUGUUUUGUGUCCUUUUUGUAGGAACAGCUAGCUUAAAAGCAACUCAAAUUUAGACUAUUUUCCAGUCGUAUAUUGUGCAUUAAUGUACUUAAAGUAAACAUAAUUAAUUGAAAUUGAAUUGUAUUUGUUGAAAUUUAAUACUUGAAUAAAUCGCUAGUUUAUUUGAAUAGUGAAAUAUUCUUGUUGAAAUUGGAGAUGUGUUUGAAGCCCUGCAAUAGUAUUUUUGAAGCAGAUUGUUUAAUAUUUUGACUCUCUGCUAUGAAUAGUUGUAGAAAAAUAAAAUAACUACCUGAAUUUAUAUAUAGUCUUGCCGACAGAGGGAAGUGGUUCGAUUCAGUGUUAGUGAGUGUAAGUAUUGUACACAUGAUAUUUAUUGUUCAGAGAAAUAGCGUGUUAGAAAAAAAAGUGGAUUUAAAUGUUAACCACAAAAGCAGCUUAAUGAAUUAUUGAAGAGAUGGAAAAAAGGUGCACAUAUUUUGAGAAGAUGAAAACUUUUAUUUUGAUGUUUGAAAAACAGUUUUCUGUUCUCUUUGAAUAUUUGUGGGAAGGAGUUGAUACCUGCGCGUGUUUGCCUAGAGGAGGCAUUGUAAAUAAAAAGAGGCCCAGCCGCUCGUAGGAGGGGGUCAAGGGUUUGAAUUAACUUAAGAACUAUUUGUUGGAAAAUCACAAUUUUGUGCGCAGAGUAAAAUCAAGUAACAAGGCAAAAAGAUUAUUUAUGUGUGGAAGUAAGUUCCCUAGGGCUGUGCAUUAUUUUAUUAAAAAUCUUGUGAUUUCAGUGAAA